GCCGCGAGCGGGCAGGGCGGCGUGGCGGUGCGGGCUGGGCGCCCCGGCCAAGGUGCGGGCGGCCCCCGGCGGGCUCGGGCGUGGAGCUGGGGCGCGCGGCGCCGGGCAGCCCAGCCCAGCCGGGCGCGGGCAGCGAGGAGCCGGCGGGUGGCGGCGGCGGAGGCUUCCAGCCCGGCCGGUGCAGGGCCUGGGAGCGAGCGGCGGCCGAUCGGGGCCUGGCCCGGGGCGCUGGGGCACCCGCCGCGGCGGGCGACAGGAGGAAGCGGCGGCGGCGCGUCCCGAGCGGUGUGCGCCAUGUCGGGCGGGCCCCCCAAGGCCCUGCCGUCCACGGGGCCCCACUCCCUGCGUGACAUGCCGCACCCGCUGGCCGGCUCCAGCAGCGAGGAGGCCGUGGGCGGCGACAGCACGCCCAGCCCGGACCUGCUGAUGGCCCGCAGCUUCGGCGACAAGGAUCUCAUUUUGCCAAACGGUGGUACUCCAGUGGGCACUUCGAGUCCAGCUUCUUCAUCUUCCCUUCUCAACAGACUUCAACUUGAUGAUGACCUUGAUGGUGAGACCAGAGAUCUCUUUGUCACUGUUGAUGAUCCCAAGAAGCAUGUCUGUACAAUGGAGACCUACAUCACGUAUAGGAUCACCACCAAAAGCACUCGGGUGGAGUUUGACCUGCCGGAAUAUUCUGUUCGUCGAAGAUACCAGGAUUUUGACUGGUUGAGGAACAAACUAGAAGAAUCGCAACCCACUCAUCUCAUUCCCCCGCUUCCGGAGAAGUUUGUGGUGAAAGGGGUCGUGGAUCGUUUUUCAGAAGAGUUUGUGGAGACCAGAAGAAAAGCUUUGGAUAAAUUCCUAAAAAGAAUCACAGAUCAUCCUGUGCUCUCUUUCAAUGAACACUUUAAUGUUUUCCUUACCGCGAAGGACCUGAAUGCCUACAAGAAGCAAGGGAUGGCGCUGCUGACUAGAGUGGGCGAGUCAGUCAAGCAUGUCACUGGGGGCUACAAGCUGAGGAGUCGGCCUCUGGAGUUUGCAGCCAUAGGUGAAUACUUGGAUAUGUUUGCGCUCAAACUGGGAACCAUUGAUCGAAUAGCCCAGCGCAUCAUCAAAGAAGAAAUAGAGUACCUUGUGGAACUGAGAGAAUAUGGGCCCGUGUACUCUACGUGGAGCGCAUUAGAGGGGGAGCUGGCUGAACCCCUGGAAGGUGUAUCUGCUUGCAUCGGGAACUGCUCUACAGCCUUGGAAGAGCUGACGGAUGAUAUGACAGAAGACUUUCUACCUGUGCUCAGGGAAUAUAUUUUAUACUCUGACUCCAUGAAGAGCGUAUUGAAGAAGAGGGACCAAGUGCAAGCAGAGUAUGAAGCCAAACUGGAAGCCGUGGCUCUGAGGAAGGAAGACCGGCCCAAGGUGCCAGCAGACGUUGAGAAAUGUCAGGAUCGGAUGGAAUGUUUCAAUGCUGAUCUGAAAGCUGACAUGGAUAGGUGGCAGAACAACAAGAGGCAGGACUUCCGGCAGCUGCUCAUGGGAAUGGCUGACAAGAACAUCCAGUAUUAUGAGAAGUGCCUCAUGGCGUGGGAGUCGAUCAUUCCACUACUGCAGGAGAAGCAAGAGGCCAAGUAAGCUCCUUCGUGGGACAGAGACUUUUCUGCCUACGCAGGGCAUGGCACGCACACCGGAAUGUCCCUGCUGUGCCAGAGAGGUGGCACUGGGAAAACAACCACAGAAACAUCUCUCCUUUGUGUAUUACUUUCCUUUACACCCCUUCCUGUGUCCAACAGUUGUUUUCAAUUAGUAUUUAUUCCUUGGUGGAGUCUGUAAGGCUGUGAUCAUCUCCCACAGAAGCAGCAUACCUCUGUGUUGUGAAGGAACCUAUUAAACGGAACACUACGAAGGUUUGAACCUGAGGGACAAGACAACCCUCAGCUGACAUUCUGACAUCUCAUUACAGUUUCCUGUUUUGGGACAGCAGAGUUAGCUGUUGUGGGCGAGAACCCGGGUCCUGCUUUUCAAGGCCGUGAGGAAGGCCUGAAUGGAAGGCAGUCCUGCUUUCUGUGGAUACAUGGCGGCUCUGGAAUCGACCUCCAUGGGCAUUGCCUGGUCUCAGCCUAGAAGGAGGUGUUGGCACCUCCGUGGGAAGUCCUUAAUGUACUGUGGCCUACAGCUGUGAGUGUAACCUGCCGCCUGCUUGUGAUGAGCGACACCUGUUUUAUGGUUUCCAGUUCGUACAGGACCAUUUAAAUCAGUGUCUAUAUGUAUCCAUGCUAGAGCAGGCAAGCCAGCGCCCUUGUCCUUAGGCGAUGCCUUGGUAAGCUGGGGGCGGGGGGCAGUGCUCCCCAAACUUGUUUCUGACACUAGAAUGCAGUAGAUUUGAACCUGUUUUUGUGUAAAAUGAAAAAAGGUGCAUUUUUCUCUGUGAAGUUCUUCAAUGUUUUUCUUUCCCUUGUUAAAUAUCAUUAGAGUAGAGAUUAGGCCUGUUUGGAAAUAUCUUAUCGUCUUGAAGUCAGAGUAGCUCCCCAGUUGUUGAGAUCAGUGGGUAUAUACCAAGCCCACCUGCCACGUCUGCUUUGUGCAAUUUGCCUUUACCUCACCAAAAAGUCCUAGUUUCACGUUUCCUACUAUGUCCACUGAAUGUUUGGGCAACCUUUUGGUGAGAGGCUGGUAUGUUGUUAUGACACAGUCGAGAUUUUGUAAACUCAAUGUGAAUGUUCUACAUGAAGUGCUUUAACCUUCGAUAUUUCCUGGUCAGGAAGAAAAGUCAGUAUCUGGAUGGGCCUCAGAGAUGACAAGUGCACCAGCAAACUCUUUGCUUCUAGAAGUUAAGCUAAGAUCUCCUCCAUUUGCAGCCCAAUCCCUGGGGACUGCUGGCUGCUUCUAAAGUCUUCAUUUCAAACUAUUACCAGGUUUUCUUUUCAAAUCGACACAAAACUAACAGACAAAGAGGAUCUGUCUUCCAAUCUUCCAACUCAUUUUUUUUUCCCUCCUGAAAUGAAGCUGCAUAGGUCAUAUUUGUGUUCUUUCAUUGUGGCUCAUCCCUAUAAAAUUAUCAGUCUGAGCCUCAAAUAAACGGUAGUAUUUUUUUUUUUUUUUUUAACGAAACAGCUGUGCUGAGAUGCUGCUGCAUACGCAAGUUAAUUUGCAAAUACCGGUCAACGUGCAGCCUGUUGAAGUCACUUCAUUCCCCUCCACACUGCAGGGUCGACCUUGUCUCAGCCGCAGCUCUGAUGCUGUGGGGGCAGCAAUCGGAUGGCACAGAACAGUUUGGUUCUGUUUCAUCAUGUUUGAAAAAGUCACAGUUUAAAUUAUAAUUUUAUAUCAGUUGGUACUUGCCUGCACUGUUAGACCCUCUCGUGCCAUUUAAAGUCCUUUGUCGUGAAUUUUCAGUUUGGUACAGUUAGAAACAUUCAUUGAAGCAGAAGGUAAAAACAGUCCAUCUACGCCGAGUGGUGACUCAGUGUUUCAUUCUACCUCUAAACCAUCAUGUUGCUGUGAGUCCGGAUGUCCAGAUCCAGCCUGACAGCCUGCUGAUAGAGUUGCGGUGGGUAUCUAGUCGUGGGUUGGUGGCCUUCUAUGGAUAUUUGGCAGAAGACACUAGACUGACCCAGCAGCGAAUGCUCAUCUUUGGGAAUGUGUGAAGCCUUGCCUUGUGGAAUAUGUGCUUUAAAAAUGUUGUCCAGUGUAACAUAUACUUGGAAAGAACUGUGGGAAGAGUUACAGGAAGACUAGAAUCUAGUCAGCUGCUAAUUGCCAAAGCCCAGGGACAUUCCUGUUUAAGGCUUAGUUGGGAAAGAAGGCAGCCCUUCAAAAAAGUCAUCAGGUUCCAUCCUGGGACAUAUGGGGAAGGGAGCAGGUACACAGUUAUUCCCUUACAGUGUUGGAGGCAGAAGACUGGUUUUGAAGGGAUUCAGACACCUUAGGAUUUUGUCUUUCUCUGUUCGUUUGGUCCGCAAGUGCUUUAAAACAGCAGAGAGAGCUGGAACAAGGCCAACUGCCCUCCAGCGUGCCAUUGAUAGCAGAGCUGGGAAAAGCGGUGUAUGUUAGAUUUCCUUGGAGUAAUGGUCUUUCCAGAGAAGGGACCCUUGUCCCUUACUUCAGGCUGGCAUGUGAUGAGGUGACAGAAGGCAGUGAAGGAGGUUCUCCAGUCCUUCCUACCCCGAUGGCUCCCUCGGGCCCCUGAGGGUCAGCAGCCCCAAGCAUUCACCUCUUCACCUCCAUCAGCACAGAGGUGAUUCCCCAUGAGAAGUGUAACCCGGAGACUUCUGUGCCAAAGCCUGCCUCGUAGAGGCUUCGUCAUCCUAUCCUUCUUGGCCCCACAAAGUCCUGGUGCUGAGACCGCUGACCCCUCUCUUGUAUUUAUUUUCCAGGAGAUUUUUGCUUGAGGAUGUGCCCUACCUCAGGCGGACAGACAUGGACAGGUUUUGAGGAUUGAGCACAUGGCAGUGAUGGAAAGUCAUCCCUGUUGCCUGCCUCUGAGCCUGGAAAGUAGAAGGUUCCAUUCACCCAGGUUAAAAAUCCAGGCUAAGGCAGAAGAGAGAAUUCUAGAAACUGAGCAGAUUUCAGAGAUGCACAUGAUGUUGAAGAGAACAGUUGUGAUUUGUGGCAGGUACAGACACUGUUCUUCCUUGUCAUGUGCUGGAUCUAUAGGAAAAUUCUAGGCUACCCUGCUCCAAGCAAGGAACCACUGCUCCUAAUCGAGGAGGGGACAUCUUACAUAGCCAGGUUUGGGGUUGGGUUUUAUCCUUUAAUAAGACUUCAUAGUGAUUCCUGGUGAACUCUGCUAAGUGCGAUUAUGGAGGUGAUUGGCUCGUAUUUCACUGUGCUGCUCAUUGAACAAAUCAGCAUGACUCUGGGGACUGUGGUGAAUGUAACAGAAGUUGAUCUUUAUGCCAAAUUUAAGCCACACUCGGAGUGUGUUCUACAUGUUGAAUUGAAUGUGCUUUUGCAGCUGCCAUCCACAUGAGGAAAUUAAGUGCACACUUGCUGCACAUUUCUUGUGAGUCUGCCUUUAGUGAUGGGACGACAGAAGUUCUGCCUUAGAAGAGGGUGUGAUGGCCGUGUGGCAGUCUGCAAGUGGGGUUUCUCUCUUGGGAUGGUGUCAGCCCAAGAAACACCCAGAGUUUGUGUGACUUGGUCCUGCCGUUGAUAACAUUGAAAUCAACGGGCACCUGGCUCUGUUUUGAUGCCAUUCAUUGGGUUGCAGAAUAGUCAUUCUCUGCACUCUCCUGAGAGAGUGGAGAGAGUAAGGUGUAGAGCGACCUUGUAGGUCUGUGUUAGCCUCAUCUGGUUGGGUCUUUGGUUGGGUUAGCACUGGGCUCUCCUCUGGCUGCCGUAAAGGCUGUGUCUGCUCAGAAGAUGGGCUGCCUGUGGUCAUGGAAGGGUGCGCCAAUCCUGGACCCCACCUUCCCAGAUGCAUACUUUCAAGGCCUGUGGAAACUGGGUAAUCUAAUUAUAAGGCUGGGGUAAUGCUGCUUUGACCUAUUUAUGACAUUAUGUUGGGAAUUUGAGUUGCCUUCUCACUUUGAAAAGUGCUCAAGAUGGCAACAGGUUGGGCAUCCCCUCUCACUUCUUAUGUUUUUUCCUUUCAGAUGGCAGGUGGCAUUUACCAGUAAAUUUGAGGAAAAUGUCAUCCCUUGGGCCAGACUUACAGAUUGAGCUGGGUGUGUUGGAGUUGUUCUCCUCUUCCUUGUGGUUUAUAUCAGUGAAUAAACCAGAAACCCGCUUUUUCAUCAACCCACCUGAUAGACGGGUAGCUUUUUGUUUGAAGGAUGCCUGGUCUCCCCGUAGUUGCACAGAUCAGAGCAUGCACAGGGCUGUGUGCAUUAGAAAGGUUGCGGGGGGCACUUUGUUGCAGGGGGUUUGGCUGUUCUUAAUCAUAUGUGUUUGAAAUGCUUUCUGGGUAUGGCUGUCUAACCCCUUCUGUGUGGCAGAAAAAUAUGUAAUCCUGAUAGUUUUUACUACUACAGAUAGGCUAUAAAUAAGUGCUUUGAAAAAAUAACUUUAACAAACCAAUAAGAUAUUUGUCUCAAAUGUAAACAUUCUGUGUGUUUAGCACUUGAAAAUCAACAAAUCCAGACUUUUCAAAAAUGCCAGAGACUGUUAAAAGCCUAACUCAACUUUUUGAGAAUCUGUCAACACCUAUUAAUAUGCCUUAUUCUUCAGCUAGUGUCUUUUAGGUUCUGGAUAGGAAGUUUUUAGAAAUGUAGCCAGUUGUUCAGCUUCAGUACCAGAGGUCUAACAUAGCCGGUCCUCAGUCCUCUCAAAGAAACAAACAAAGUGAGGUUCAUAAUAAGGGCUGCCUUUUGGGAGGAGAAAGCUAAGUAUUGCUAUUGCCAAAUGAUAUUUUUGAUAAUGUAAGGAAACACAGGGACCACAAAACCUUUUUUUGUUUUAAAGUGUUUUAGUGCCUUUUGGCACGCUUUUGAUUGUAGAGGAUGUAUGGUAUCAGCAUUGACAAAUCACAUAGCUAUAAGGAACUCUAUAGAUUAUGACAAUAUUAAAGGUUUACUCUGAUUCUGCAGAACAGCUUUUGAAAGCAUACUGUGGGGGCUUCAGAGCAGCAUAUGUUGGAUAGAAAUGCUCCACAGGUUGAAAUGCCAAAAACAUAAAGCAUGUUGUGUUGACUCACAUAAUUUAGUCUAUUUUAACAGAGCUUGUACUAUUAAAACCAGUGAUUGGGUGUGGCACAUGCACCUCGCCCAGCAGCGCCGCCCUCCCCAGGUGACUCUGGGCUCCCUGUAGGCUGGGUCAGAGCAGGGCGCCCCUGUCAACACCCCCGUAUGACGGACUGGUUCACAGUCAAGACCAACCCUCCAUUCACAAAUGAUACUGGGAGGAAGAAACAGAGAUUGCUUUUUCCUCACUCUGGAAAUGGGGAGAGGAAAGUAGAUUGCAAACAAAAAUGUGAAUCAGUAUGACAGAACGAUGCCUGUGUCAGCUGGGCCUUCACCAAAUAACAGACCAGCAGCUCUUAACAGUCAACACCAUUCACCUGGACACCCCUGUGGUUUUGGUCCAGUCCAGUAGACACCCUGUCCCUUGUACUUCUGUGUGCCUGUUCCCUUGGUGUCUGAGUUGGGAAUGCCUUGAGAGAUGACGCACAUCUGGUAGAUUCCCAUGAACUAAACUGCCAGCAAACUUUCUAACUUGUAUUUUAACUCUUGAAAGAGAGAGAAAAACUUGCUUAGGUCCUGUCCAAAUGAUGGACUGUAUUUCUUAUUUUUAGAAAUCAUCCUUUACAUUUGAAAUUUUUUAAAAACCUUCUGGGGUAUCGAUGAAGUUCUCCGUGUAGAUGUGUUCUCUUCUCGCCAUGCUGCCAUUAUGCCGAAUCAAAAGCUGUGAAAAACAAAUGCUCUGGAGAAUGGGUGUCGAGGAGAAAGGGAUUUAUUGACAGAUUCGAGUCUUUGUUUCAUCAAGCCACCAAACUUUAAAAAGAAUGUCAUCUAUGUUUUCCUUGUUAUGGAACCCAGAGAUUGUAAAAAGAAAAAAAAAGUUUUGUUGCAUUUUUGAUGCUGGCACGAGGUUUUUGUCCACUUUUUUUCAUAUAUCUGUGUAUAAAAAUUGUCUGUUGUUUACUAUGGGAUUAGUAUUACAUUUUGAGGUAAACAAAAGAAUUUGUAUUGCUUGAUAAACUAUUAGCUUGUGAAUUUAAAAAGGUUUCUUUACCUCAAUUAACUUAAAGUAAUGGACCAAUAAACCUAUAAAAGAUGCUU